AUGUUGAGCGUGCAAAUGCAAGGAGAACACCUGGCAAGACAAAAUAUCGCGGUGUUUCGCGAACGCAAGGUUAUUCCUGCAGCGGAGACCGGACCGCCUACGGAAACGAAACCCCCCGCCCCUUUGGAUGUAUCUAGGACGGAACCGCAAAACCGCAUGACGAGCCAGGAGCCUGUCAAAGAGAUCGGUAAAAAACCGAGUGUCUCCCUUCUGCGCCUUACGCCUGUCAAUGCUGUCAAGCCCCGUAGAAACUCACCCGCUCCUCUCCGAGGUGCAAGGCUGCCAUCUGGGGAUAUAAUACCGUGGGAUGCUAGUACGGAGAGACUUAAUAUGGAAAUGCAAGCCUACACGCUUAGAGAAAUCAGAAAGAACCUUGCCGACAG